AUGGGUGACAUUAGUGAGGGGAAAGAGCUGGUUCUGUAUGGUGGAGUAGAUGAGGGGCGAAAGCAAUCUGAACCAUUUGCUGCUUACUCUGGGGCAGAGGACGACAAUGAAGUUGAGUAUGAUAACUCUAGUUACAGCGACAGUCUCGAUUCGGAGUAUAAUCCAUAUGGGGAAGAGGACGAUAGUGAAGAUGAUGUGCACUUUACUGAUAGUGAUGAUAAGCUUGAUCCUGAGGUAAGUGGGUUUCAACAUGUGAAUGUGAUGAGUAAAAAACCUAGGGCUGUGAAAAAGAAUGCUGGAGCAACUGAGCAGUUUGAAAAUGAUGAGGGAGGAGACAGUGAUGACUUAGAUUUUGAUCACCAAGUUGGGGCUGAUGGGUCUGAUUCGGAGCAUGAGGAUUUCAUAUUUCCAAUUCACAAGCUUCAGAAAGAUAUGAGUCAAUACAAAUGGGAAGUUGGCAUAGUGUAUGCAUCUCGGGAAGAUUUCAAGGACACUGUAACUGCUUAUGCUGUGCAUACGACAAGGUCAAUCAGGUUUAGGAAGUGUGAUUUGCAGAGGGUUAGGGCUGUUUGUUCGGAUGAUUGUCCUUUUUGGGUGUAUGCUGCAAAAAUCAGAGGUGAGGAAACUUGGCAGCUACGCAGCAUGAACUUGACACACACAUGCACACAAGCACACAGGGUGGGGAUCUUACACUCGAAAUGGCUCGGCAAGGCGUUUAAAAAGAAGGUUGAAUCAAAUCCAAAGGUGAAAAUAAGGGAGUUGGUUUCGAAGGCACAGAAGAAAUGGAACUUGACUGUCACUAAAUCAUUGGCCACUAAGACCAAGCAGAUUGCACUUGAUCAAAUUCAGGGCACCUUCCGAGAGCAGUAUAAAAGAAUUUAUGAUUAUGGACAGGAGCUGAUGAGGGCAAAUCCAGGAUCCUCAGUUCGCAUACAAGUGCAGAGGUCCCCAGAUCUUGACAAUGAAGCACCAGCAUCAUCCAGGACCACUUACUGCAUCUUUCAGAGGAUCUAUGUGUGCUUGGAAGCAUGCAAGCAGAGCUUCCAGCAUUGUAGGGAUUUCAUUGGCCUAGAUGGCUGCUUUUUGAAGACACCCCAGGGAGGACAACUGCUCACUGCAAUUGGUUGGGAUCCCAAUGACCAAAUGAUGCCGAUUGCAUAUGCGGUUGUGGAGGCCGAGACGAAGGACUCAUGGAGUUGGUUUCUAAAUCAUCUUGCAUCUGAUGUUGGGCUGGAUAAGAUGGGAAGAUCUACCUUCAUGUCUGACCAACAAAAAGGUUUGUUGCCAGCAUAUGAGGAGGUUAUACCUGGUGUGGAUAAUCGGUUCUGUGUGAGACACUUGUAUGGCAACUUCAGAAAAAGGUUUCCAGGAUUACAAUUGAAGAAACUGAUAUGGAAGUGUGCUAAGGCAACUCACUGGAGGGAUUGA